AUGGCCGACACAGACCGUACGUCGGACCCGAGCUCCAAGUCCAAGACGCCCUCCCUCGAGCCGGCCUCUCAGCACUCCUCAAUCUCGGCCUCGCGCCGCGUCAACGCCGAUUCCCGCUCCUCGAGGAGGCUUCGAUCGCAGUAUCCCCGCAGCUCGCCAGAAAAACAUGUCGAGUAUAUCCUCGUCGCAUCCUUCGAUAUCGAUCGGGGCCCUGUCAUGGAGCACCAGUACCCAGUGGCAAUCACUGGCGACGAGAAUAUGUUGGCGGAGCUGAUGCUGCCGGAUCAGGCGCAUGCUCGCAACCAGGACUGGACCAUCUUCUUCCUGCACAAAGACACUAGCAAGGAGGAAGAGGAAGAAUCGCAACAGGAAUCCGACGAGGAUGACGGCGAUGGCCUGGACGAUGGCCUGGACGAUGGCCUGGACGACGACCUGGACGAUGAGUCGACGGAUAGCGAGCCCGAAGGUGGUGAAGGACCGCCCUUGAUCCAUGUGCUGAAUCUGGUCAACACCAAGCACGACAAGUCGGUCAAGAGAGGCGCCAUCGUCAAAGCAAUGGCAAUUUGCACACGACACCCCUUUCUGCAUAUAUACAAGCCCCUGCUGCUGUUAGCCCUGGAAGAGUACUUUAAAUCGCCUGUGCCCGAGACUCUCGCCAUGCUGUACCACGCCGUCAACGCCAUGGACUUGUCGCUCAUGCCCAAGCUCAGCAUCCUAGAGAGAAACCUGCUGCUGGCCAGCGAUAACAGGGAUCUUUUUGUCGAAAAGUUUGAGCAGAUGAUCCAGAUGCGCCUGGGUUCAAAAAGGGGAGAGAUCGUUGCAGACGCGCACAACGACGGCAGUCCGACUAAGAUGGCCGGCAUCUCGAGAGCCGGCACCAAAGCCCAUAUCGAGAGCGGCAGCCACUCGAUUUACUCGGUCCCACGAGACACGCACGAAUUCGAAACAAAGGUCAUGUACAAGGGCAUUCCCAUUCCCAUCAAAGUGCCCACGGCCGUCAUGCCCGAGACGGUGGGGGAUUUCUCCCUCAUCAAGCUCAUACAAAACUUUUCCGAGGCCCACACGAAGUCGCCGCAGCCUUUUGCGCUGCACCCUCAUCUGACGACAAACGGCACCAGCACGCAUCCCAUCAUUGUCCUCGUUAACGGACUGCUGACACAGAAGCGCGUCAUCUUCCUGGGGCACAACAUGCCCUCGGGCGAGGUGGCCGAGGCGGUCCUCGCCGCGUGCGCACUCGCCUCUGGUGGAAUUUUGCGAGGCUUCACCCGCCACGCGUUCCCCUACACCGACCUUACCAAGAUUGACGAUCUCCUCAACGUCCCGGGGUUCAUAGCCGGCGUGACCAACCCGACGUUUGAGAAUCAUCCAGAGUGGUGGGAUAUCCUCUGCGACUUGCCGAGCGGGCGCAUCAAGAUCAGCAGCAAAAUCGAUCCCUCGCCGGCCACCGAGGGACUCUCCUGUUUCCAGCAGCAAAACCCGACGCUCGCGACCAUUGCCAGCGGCACCUUGAACAACAACCAGGAUCUCACGGGAGACGCGGUGUUCAUGACAGAUAUCCUAAGGAGCAUCGCCGCGAGGCACGGGGAGCGAGUUAUCCGGGCCAAGUGGCGCGACUGGGUGCUCAAGUUUACGAGAAUCGCGGCCCAGCUGGAGGAAAGCGUCUACGGAGCAAGUGCUCUCUACAUAGGGAGUGAGGACCACGAGAUGACGCUUCCCGGGGCGAGCGGCCAUGGCUAUGUCUGGGCGGACGAUGCAGCCAAGCUUAAGGAGCUGGCUGGCAACGUGACGAGGAUCGAAGGAUGGCGCAACACGCGCAGUUACUACAGCUACAUCCAGGACCUGGCCCAAAUCUACACUGUCCGGCCGCUCAAAGGUCUCGACCUGGCGCACAUGCACGACCGCCUUCGCCUACAGCGCCUGUCUCCAACGCAGAGCCGGGACAUUUACCUGACCUUUUCCAGAUACGUCCAUUCGUACGACGAAAUAUGCCUUCUUCUCAACGUGGCGCCCGAGUCGCACGCGGGGCUCUUUUACGUCGCUCUCGGGCUCUUCCACAAGGACCGCGAGGUGCGGGUCAAGACGGCGGAGCUGUUGGAACGCAUCGCGGAGCACGAGGCGGGCCAACACUGGUGGAGAGGCCUGAGCCGCUUCGAGCGGCUUGCGUUUGAGCGGCUACGGCGCGAGGUGGACGCUGAGAUGCGGGUCAAGCUUGGCAAGGAUGGCUUGGGCGUGGGGUCGGAGAAGAGAAGCAGUUAG